UUACAUGUCGGACAAUGAGCAGCUUUUCAUUUAGUUUUCACCGUGACGUUUGUGUUAGUUACCGACACAUUUUCAAGACGCCAGUGAGAGAAGUAGACGCUGAAGAGUCAGAAGACGUAAAAUUCAUGUAUAUGGACAGGGAGACUUGUUGCAUGUGGUGACAGCAGUGAUACUCACACGGUAAAGGUCUGUGCAGGAGGGAUCGGACUAAACCUUAACGCCUGUUGCUUCUGCUGUGUAUGUGUGAGGACUGGGUCUCCUGAGAUACAGCGCGGGGCUCCAUGGGUUCCAACACCUAAAAUGAAAAAGGGAAAAGUAGUCUUGUAGUUUACAUUUAUUGUGCUACAGGUUCUACCAACACCUGAAGAACUGUUUUAGAAAAGUUUGCUGUCCGUUCUGCUGGACUGAACCAUUUGUCUGUAGAAGAGUUUUUUAAAAAGAAGAUAGAAGAAGGGAUAAACACACAGGGAUUCAACCAUAAUUGUAGUCUAUGGAAAUGCAGGAUCUAGCCAGUCCUCACAGCCGAAUAAGUGGAAGCAGUGAAUCUCCUAAUGGUCCCAACCUCGACAACUCGCACAUCAAUAACAAUUCCAUGACACCCAAUGGCACUGAAGGUGAUAACAUCACAAUGCUUACCACUGCAGACUGGUUGUUAGGUUCUAACUCACAGUCCGCUGCAGUUAAAACCGAGCCAAUGAGCAGCAGCGAACUCGCCACCUCGGUAGCAGACACCUCUCUAGACAGCUUCUCAGGAUCAGCUAUUGGAACCAGUGGCUUCAGCCCAAGACAAACUCACCAGUUCUCUCCACAGAUUUAUCCUUCCAACAGAACAUAUCCGCAUAUUCUUCCUACCCCUUCAUCCCAAAAUAUGGCUGCGUAUGGGCAGACGCAGUACACCACAGGAAUGCAGCAGGCCGCAGCUUAUGCUAGCUACCCCCAGCCUGGCCAGCCGUAUGGCAUCCCAGCUUACGGUCCAUUGUGGGCAGGCAUAAAGACGGAGGGGGGUCUGAGCCAGUCCCAAUCCCCGGGACAGACAGGUUUCCUAAGCUAUGGCUCUGGCUUCACCACGCCGCAGACAGGACAGGCUCCCUACAGCUACCAGAUGCAGGGUGGUACUUUUACAACAACUUCAGGAUUGUAUGCAGGAAACAACUCCCUGACAAAUUCGACUGGCUUCAACAGCACACAACAGGACUACCCCAGUUAUCCAGCCUUCGGCCAGGGCCAGUAUGCUCAGUAUUACAACAGCUCACCCUACACUUCGCCCUACAUGACGAGUAACAACACCAGCCCUAGCACGCCCUCCACCACCACCACCUACACCCUCCAGGAGCCACCCGCCGGCAUCACCAGUCAGGCCCUCACAGACAACUCUGCAGGAGAGUACAGUACCAUUCACAGUCCAUCAACCCCCAUUAAAGAUUCAGAUUCAGAUCGAUUGCGCCGAGCCUCGGAUGGAAAGUCACGUGGCCGGGGAAGAAGGAACAACAACCCAUCACCGCCGCCCGACUCCGACCUUGAGCGAGUUUUCAUCUGGGACCUGGAUGAAACAAUCAUCGUUUUCCAUUCCUUGCUUACGGGUUCUUAUGCCAACAGAUACGGACGGGACCCACCGACAUCUGUAUCAUUAGGCCUGAGGAUGGAAGAAAUGAUCUUCAACUUGGCCGACACACACUUAUUCUUUAACGACUUAGAGGAAUGUGAUCAGGUCCAUAUCGACGAUGUGUCCUCUGACGACAACGGGCAAGAUCUAAGUACGUAUAACUUCAGCGCUGAUGGUUUCCACGCAGCAGCGACCAGUGCCAACCUAUGUCUGGCCACAGGCGUGCGGGGAGGCGUGGACUGGAUGAGAAAACUGGCCUUCCGCUACAGACGAGUAAAAGAAAUCUACACCACCUACAAAAAUAACGUCGGAGGUCUGCUGGGCCCAGCCAAAAGGGAAGCCUGGUUGCAAUUGCGAGCAGAAAUUGAAGCCUUGACGGACUCCUGGUUAACACUGGCACUGAAAGCACUAACAUUAAUCCACUCAAGGUCAAACUGUGUGAAUAUCCUGGUGACCACCACACAGCUCAUCCCUGCCCUGGCUAAGGUCCUGCUCUAUGGCUUGGGAAUAGUCUUUCCUAUCGAGAAUAUUUAUAGCGCAACCAAAAUAGGGAAGGAGAGCUGCUUUGAGAGAGUAAUUCAAAGGUUCGGGAGGAAAGUUGUUUACAUUGUUGUUGGAGAUGGUGUGGAAGAGGAGCAAGGCUCAAAAAAGCACAACAUGCCCUUCUGGAGGAUCUCCAGCCAUUCAGACCUCAUGGCCCUCCACCACGCUCUAGACUUGGAGUACUUGUAGCACCUCACCACCAUCAUACACCCUGCUCCACCUCAGCACACCCUGCAACCUUUCACCUUCGCCCUCCAGCCCUGUCCCACGCUUUGCCGCAGACUCCACAGCUCAGAAAAAAAAGGAAAAAAAAAAAGCCCCCCUGCGCUGCUUGGCGUCUGUCUUCCACUUCACAGGAAGAAAAGAAGAGGAGAAAAGAAGGCUGAGCACACGGUUAAUGUGCUGACAUACGGUCACACUUCGUCUUAACCCCUAAACUUUUUUUUUUUUUUUUUUUUUUUCUUCAUUGCUGGAGGCGAAGGACAGAGGUGAAUUUACGGCGCUGCAGCUGCUUGCCCUGGUUACUGUGAAUUGGCCGCUUUCUGAAGCUGUCAAAGUGUUUUACGGCCCCCUGUUUGUGCCGGGACUCUGUCAGGGUUCACACCUGUGAGAAGAGCAGAGCUACUGAUGGCCUCGCCUGCCUCGCCACAGAACUCAGCUACAGUAAACCACAGGCCCACGACUACUGGUGGUGACAUUUCUCCGUCCCUCUAGCUCCCCCCCUUCUGCUCUUCAUCUCCUGUCUCCUUCUGUUAAUUAUCUGUCUACCUACUUUUUACUCUCCCCUCCGUCGUGGGACGGACAAACAAAGCGACUGCUCCCGUGAUAACCGUCGGCCUGUUAGUCCUGUGCUUCUUAUUUAUGAACGGAGACUUUGUGAGUGGCACCGUGCCACUGAGAAGGUACCUCGACGACAAAAGACUCGUGCCUUUUACAAAGUACUAUUGAUUUCCACCACAGCGAGAGGAAGACGUUUAUGGAAGAAACAAAACAAAAAAAAAAGGGGUUUUCUAAUAAUUUAAGAAAAUUACAAAAAACUUUAUUUACAAUGCUGAGACAAUCGUGUACAGAGGAAAUCUUUUUUGUGUGUGUAAGUUUGUAAUCACUGGACUAUUCCUUCCUAUAUUCAUUUAGGUACGUGCUCUUGAAAGGCGGCAAUGCUUUUUCAUUGAAGUAGAAAAAAAAAAAGAAAAAAAAAAGGCAUCCCAUCGCGCAUAAGCUUGUGCGACGCCUGAAAGUGUUGAUGUGUUCAAGUUUUGUUCAGUAAACAAAUAUGUAGAUAAUGGGAUUUUGUGAUAAAUCGUUUUGUCAAGACCAAAAGCAUGGAUGUCAAGUGUCAAUGACCUUUCAUCUGAUUCUGUGAUGUUUCUCGUCCUUACAGGAAACUUCAUUCACAUCUUUAUAUAGCAUAACAGGUCUCCUCUAUUGCAAGUCCUUUUUAGACUCAUUUCAAAGGGAAAGAGGUAUUUGUUUUAUUUUUAUUUUAUUUUUUUUUAGUUAUUCAAAAAGGUAGCUCACAACUUGUGUCCUUACGGCAUUUCACCAGCUUGCAGCACUGACCCCAUAUAUUUGGAAGCAAACUUAAUUCUGAUAAGGAUUUUGGCAUAUGGCAUUUCCUGCCUCCUCAGAGCCAUUUUAACAACAAAAUUUGAAUAAAUCUGAUAUUUAAAAAUGCAGGCUUGAAUAGGUUUUAUUAUCUUUUAUACAAGCGCUAUAACAACUCUUGUACAGCGAGCGUAAUUUUGUAUGAUGUAGUGUUUUUAUUUCAACUUUGAAAGUACAUUCUGUGUCCCUCUUUGAUGUAGCUGAAAUACACGAAGCCCUUUCCAUGGUGCUUCUACAUCUGUGGAUGGGGAAACCAUAAUGAACGUUUAGAGAAAAGCCACUAACUUCGAGGGGUUUGUGAACAUACAGGACAUGUGCUAUCGACUGUGAAUUUCUUAAAGAGAAACCGACUCGUUGUGUUUCUAAUUUUUCCCUCCUUUGCACAUGAUCACUGCUGGCCUUUUUACAUUUCAAUUCGGAUCCCUCUUCUCCCCUAACACCCCACCACCACCACCUGCCCGCCCCACCCCUCCCUCCCGCCUAGUCAAAACAACUUCUCCCCCCGUGCUCCGGGGUAUCUACAUAUUGCUGCUAGAUCAAGGUAAUGGUAGGUAAAUAGAGGAAAUGUUUUAUAGAUUCAUACAGCACGCUUUUUUUUAUUAUGUUGCAAUCAUAAAUGCAAACUGGAAAUACUUUACACUACAUGGGCCUCAUUGUGAAAUGCAAAAGAUUGUUGUGUCUGCAAAAUAUGUGUACAGAUGUUUUUGACAUUAUUAUUUGAUUGUGUUUAAAUUAAUAAAACUGAUUUGUGAACUGUUA